AUACAUCGAGAGAAACGCAGGCAAAGGUCUGAACAAGCUUGACUUGAGAAGAGAUCGAUUCUCCAAAAACAACAAAAAGGAUCAAUUCAAUGGAGAUAAUAUAAAUAAAUAAAUAAAAUUGGAAGAAAAGAGGGAAGAGAUGGUGGUGUGGUUAACGUGCAAAGAAGGGAAAAAGGCAAGUAACGAAAACAGUACUUGCAAGGCACAGAUGCCAAUAUGAUCCUUUCUUCUUUCAGUUUCCUCCCCGUCCCUUGCCUUAUGCCAUAAUUUAUUCGAUGUUUUCUCUCCUCUUCAAAGUCUUUCUCUUCCCUCGUUUCACCACCUUUGUUGCUUUUAAAUUAUUCUCUUCCUUGCUUUUCCCUCCUUCACUUUGCUGUUUCCUUGCUCCAGUUUGGUUAAAAUAGUUGUGUUUCCUUGCUGUUUUUGUUGUGCAUUGAGUCUUUUUUUUUUAUCUUAUUGGCUCUGGGUGUCUCUGUUUUCGACUUCCAAGCUCCACUUUGCUGAUGUUUUUUCCUUCUUCCACUUGGCUCUGGGUUGUUGUUCUCUUGAGCAUUUGAUUUCUCGUGAUCUUCUUGGCUCUGGAGUUUUUUUUAUCUUCUCUUGGAGGGAAAACCUUUAGAUUGUUGGAAAUAAUUUUGUGAAAGUUGGAUUCGUUUGAAGAAAAUAAUUCUUGGUUUUAAUCAUCAUGCCAUCUGAAACAAUGGACCUGCAGAGUUUGUCUUCACCAUCUAUUUUCUCUGAUGAUAUGAAUUUUCCCACCGAGCGGCAGGUUGGAUUUUGGAAACUGGACCCCGUGCUUGAUCAGCGAGAGUGUAUGAAGCCGGUUACUCCAUCAACCGUGGAGAAAAUUAUUCCAGUGGAAAGUCACAUAACAAGAUACAUGGACAAUGCUGAGCCUUUCACCAAGCAGCACCCGAAAGUGAAUCCAUGCGUCAAUAGCCUUACAGUGGGAGCAGAUAGAGUUCUGAAUCAAUCACUGAAGUCGUCGAAACCUAUUUGCAGAGAUAAUGGGUUUCAUUCUGCAAAAGGAAACAAAGUCAAUACUAUGACUUCCCUGUUCGAGAACAGUCUUUUCUCGAACUCAUUUUCGGAGUUCUUCACUAGGAAGUUGAAUUUAUCUUCAGAAAAUGCUAUAUAUGGAAAUUCAAUUGAUACUAUUUCCUCUUCACACUAUGAGGAAGAGGAACCAUUCGAAUCCCUUGAAGAACUUGAGGCCCAAACCAUUGGAAACCUUCUUCCCGACGAUGAUGACUUGUUUUCGGGAGUGACCAAUGGACUCGAUUUUGUUUUCCAACCAUAUGGUGCAGAGUAUACAGAAGAGUCAGAUGUUUUCAGCAGUGUUGGAGGGAUGGAUUUAGGAGAUGAUGGUCCCACUGUUGUGCGAAAAAACGAGAAAAGUCACCUGGGAUUAUUUAAUGGUUCAGCAGGAGAACACCCUUCCAGAACACUUCUUGUGAGAAACAUAAACAUUGAUGUUGAAGAAUCUGAAUUGAAGGCCAUUUUUGAGCAAUAUGGUGAAAUUCACUCUCUUGACACAGCUUGCAAGCAUCUUGGUUUCGUUAUGAUCUCGUAUUAUGAUAUUAGAGCAGCACAAAAGGCAAUGGACGCACUCCAAGAUAGACCAUUGAGGUGCAGGAAACUUGACAUUUGUUACUCGAUCCCAAAGGAUGAAAACCAAGGCAGUAUCGUUGUAUUUAACCUUAAUUCAACUGUUUCAAAUGACAAAAAUCGUCGCAUAUUUGGUGCUCAUGGAGAAAUCGAGGAGAUCAACCAAACACCAAAAAAUCACAAAUUCAUCGAGUUUUACAAUGUCAGAGCUGCUGAGGCUGCUCUUCAUGUAUUGAACAAGAGUGAAAUUGCUGGGAAUCAAGUUGAGGUUGAGCUUAGCCAUCCCGAGAGUUCAAGAAGAUGUUCUGCACAACCACUUCCUUCAGCGCAGCAAGAUGAAUGGUACCGUUACGAGCAUCCACAUAGUCCCCCUACUGAUGCAAAUUUGGCUGUCGGGCCAAACUCAUCAAAUAACAUGGAUGUUGGAACUAGUUCGGGGUUGAACUCUGCUAUAAAAGCCCCGUUUUCGGAAUCAACAAUUCCUUAUGGUAUCUCUCCCAUUGUUUCUAACGGUUUAACCUCCAUGGGAUCAACAGGCCAUCAAUCAGUCAUGGCUGAGUCAGGUCACUUGCAAAUGAAACUUGAUGUCCAAGAUGCACCGGCUUUUAAUCCUCGUCCGCUACCGGAGUAUCAAAAUGGUUUAAGUAGAGCUGUUCACUCCAAUUCUUCAGGUCCCUGGGCUGGAAACAUUAAUUCCAAACCACUGGAAAUAAUUGAUAAUAAGCCAUUGUCUAGAAUUGGCUCAACUGAGAACUUAUUUGAAUUCAGUAAUGCUGGCUUUCGAUCUGCUGGAAAUGGGAGCCAUCUUCUUCCCGGACAUUCGUAUUCAUGGAGUAACUCUUAUCAGCCUGAGCCUCCAAGUAUGACAUGGCCUAACUCACCUCCCUUAGUUAAUGGAAUUUAUGCUGCACAUCCCAAGGCACAGCUUGACGGACUUCCUACGACUCAUUCGCUGAACACUGGUGUACCUAUAAUUAAUUACCAUGUUGGAUCCGCACCAACUGUUAACCCAUCUCUCUGGGACUGGCGACAUGCUUAUGGAGAUGAAUCUGCUAAUACCUGUUUUCAUCCAGGUUCUCUUGGCAGUAUGAGAGGACUGCAAAUGUUUCACUCAAGGUCCUCGGUGUACAACAGGAGAGGGCAAAGCAUUCCGAUUAUGAGAGCAGUUGAUUCUUCUCAUGAUCAUGUUAGAAGCCGGAGGAAUGAAGGAAGUAUGAAUCAGGCUGACAAGAAGCAAUACGAACUUGACAUUGAACGUAUAAUACAAGGGGAAGACAAGCGAACAACACUCAUGUUGAAGAACAUUCCUAACAAGUACACCUCAAAUAUGCUUUUGGCUGCAAUCAACGAACGUGGCGGAGGAACAUAUGAUUUUGUUUAUUUGCCAAUUGAUUUCAAGAAUAAAUGCAAUGUUGGAUAUGCAUUUGUCAACAUGAUUGAACCUAGUCAAGUCAUUGCAUUUUAUCAGGCAUUCAACGGGAAGAAAUGGGAGAAGUUCAACAGUGAAAAGGUGGCAUCACUUGCUUAUGCUCGUAUACAAGGAAAAGCAGCCCUUAUUGCGCAUUUUCAGAACUCGAGCUUGAUGAAUGAGGAUAAGAGAUGCCGGCCUAUACUCUUCAACACCGAUGGUCCUAAUGCAGGCGAUCAGGUGCCAUUUCCGGUGGCGGCUAAUGUUCGAACAAGGCUCGGACGAGCUCGUUCAGAUGAAAGCCCUUCGAGUUCAGAAAACGAAGAAACUUGUUCUCCGAAGGGGUCGGACUAGCAAAGGCUGGUUUCUUUCGGCCGGAACUAAC